AUGAAUUUAUUUAUUGAUUUCAAAAUUAAUUAAAAUUUUAACGCUAAGAAAGUAAUCGUUUAUUUCAAGCUCAAAAAGUAUCCCUGUUUAAAAGAAAAGGAAUUUGAAAAAGGGUGUGAAAACCCUAUCGUAGACUUAAUUAAGACCAGACAAAUUAAUAGCAAAAAAUAAAAGUAGCAAAAUAUUAGCAAAUAUAUUAUGGAGUUAACAGAAGGAGACUCAGACAUCGCCAAUGAUUUUAAUUUAAAAAAUGCAUAGGGUGUCAAUACACCGAAAUAAGUAGCAACUGUUUACGAGUAAACAUAAAAAUAGCAAACAAGUUAUCAAAAGACAGAAAAAACUAUAGGCACUAAACAGUUCAAGCAAGCAAACACAUUAUGGACCAAUCCGAUGAAUAUUAACGAUGAAAAUUUGCCAGAUUUAAUGCAGGAUAGCGAAGAUGUAGGAACUCAAGCAUAAACAAAUUCUAAUUUAAAUAAUAUAAAUAACAGAAUAAAUACUAUUGAACGAGGAGGAAUAGCCUAAUAAAACUAGUAAAGAAACCAAUAAUAAUUCUACGUUAGUAAUUCCUCACUUUAAACAGGAUAAUUUAGACAGCUAAUUCCUUAUAAUGGCUCAAGUUUAAUGAAUGUAAUGCCUCAAACUGCUAGUUUUAGCCCAAAUGAUGAUAACAAUUACUCUGGCCAUCAUCAAUAUUAGAAAAGCAGAUAUUCUGACGAUCAAGUUAUAUUAUACAAUGAAGGUAUUACAGGCAGGAUGCCUGCAAAGGUUAGAUGCAAAAACUGCGAUUAACUUGUUCAAACAAUAGUAAAAUUUGAACCAGGAUAAUCUACCAGUAUUUGUUCUCUAGUUCUUUGUCUUUUAACUUGCACGCUUUGUUGUUUUCCAUACUUACUUGACUAAUGCAAAGAUGCAGUUCACUACUGUCCAAAUUGUGGCUUUGUGAUUGGCGUGAAAAAAUUUUGA